AUGCCCAAGGACUUCGAAUUUGGCUAUGUUUUUGAUGAAAAUGAUCGCCAACAAGUCGUAUUCGAGCGAUGUGUCGUCGACCUAAUAGAGCACUUAUUGAAUGGAAAAAAUGGUCUACUUUUCACAUAUGGGGUUACUGGUAGCGGCAAAACGUACACAAUGACCGGGAAGCCUACGCCUGAGGAGACCGGGUUGUUGCCUAGAACUCUCGAUGUUGUGUUCAAUAGUAUCGACAACAAAGUUGAUCGUUGCGUGUUCUACCCGAAUGGCCGAAACGGUUUUGGUAUUCGCUCCAAAAUGGAAGCUCAUAUUGCUAGAAGACAAGCCGAGAUGGAACGUCUUCAGAUAAGUAGUGAGAUUGACCAGCGAUACAUGGAAAGGAGAGUGGUUCCCGGAUAUAACGAUAAUUAUGUCUGUUCUGUAUUUGUAUCUUAUGUAGAAAUAUAUAACAACUAUUGCUAUGAUUUACUCGAAACAAAAAACAUUCUCACCAAACGUGAUACUCGUAUUGAUAUUAACAAUAUCGUAUAUGUAGAUGGUGCUAGGGAAGUCGAGGUUGACAACAGUGAUGAAGCUUUGGAGCUGUUCUGCAAAGGAGAAGAGCGACGCCGAACGAGUGAUACCAUUCUCAAUAAAGAGUCAUCGCGUUCGCACUCUGUUUUUACUAUUCGACUAGUGAUGGCUCCAUUCGACUCCACUAGCUAUUCUGUAUAUCCUGAUAGCGAUCCGAAUCGAAUUGUCGUGUCGCAACUCUCGUUAGUUGAUCUUGCUGGUAGCGAACGAGCGAAAAGGACCCAGAAUGUAGGUGAUCGUCUAGCUGAAGCAGCAUCUAUCAAUAAGAGUUUAAUGGUACUACGACAGUGCAUCGAGAAACUGAGGAGAAACCAACGAUCUUCCCUUCAUGAGACGGUCCCGUAUCGCGAUGCAAAACUUACAAUGCUCUUCAAGAAUUAUUUUGAAGGCGCUGGUAAGAUCCGAAUGAUUAUCUGCGCGAAUCCAAAGCCAUCCGACUUUGAGGAAAACUUGAAUGUGCUAGCUUUUGCUGAAGAAUCUCAAACUGUUCAAAUCGCACGCGCAGACGAUCGCUUAGAAAUUGGUGAUGGUCCUCGGCCACCAGUGCCUCGUAGAUUCUUUUCACGAUGGAAUAUUGAAGUCGAUAACAUCGCCACCCCCUCGCUUUUACUACCGUCAAACAAUAGGCUGUUUACGGAGUUGUACAUCAAGGAUUAUAACGACUCUACAUCUAUAUCAAAUCUGAAGGAGCGUUGUCUUGCUUUGUCACAAUUAACCUCCAGUGAAAAUCGUGACAUUGGAGCCGAAAUUCGGAGCGGUGAGAUUACCUUGCGAAACGCACUCUGUGUCGCUGACUACGCCAAGAUGGAGAUGGAUGAAUUACGUGCACGCAUAGAAAAAGACGCUGAACAGAUAGCGUCCUAUUCUGCUGAGAAUAAGAAGCUGAAGAGAGAAUUGAUGUCUCUUCGUGAACGUCUUUCACGGUAUGAAGUUCAAGAUGAAGAAAUCAUCACGGCUGAAGAGAAUUUGCGGCGAAGUGUAAACGAAGAGCGUUCUCGUGCAAGAAAACAGGACCAGAAACUGAAAGUGAUCCAAGAUAUCUGCGAUGCUCCAUCGCCCUCGUUCGCUCAGUUGAGAAGCAAAUUUUCAAUGGGAACCGAAACGCCGUCAUCUGCUGCGACAUCGCGAAAUCGUGUCUUGACAGCUACAACGAGUAAUCAAGUGGCAAGUUCUUCACGACAACCACGCUCACGUCAACCGGAGCCAGGGACACCAACAUCCGGGCCAGGGUUCUUCAACCCUAAAUAUCACAGGAGAUCAAAAUCAGCUCCAAGAGUCCUCGAUCAUCAACCGACGCACCGUGUUCCAACAGGAGGAAUCCUUCGCGUGAAAAUGCCAAGCAAUGCCAAACAUGUCACGAAACCUGAGCGUGUCUUGACAGCUACAACGAGUAAUCAAGUGGCAAGUUCUUCACGACAACCACGCUCACGUCAACCGGAGCCAGGGACACCAACAUCCGGGCCAGGGUUCUUCAACCCUAAAUAUCACAGGAGAUCAAAAUCAGCUCCAAGAGUCCUCGAUCAUCAACCGACGCACCGUGUUCCAACAGGAGGAAUCCUUCGCGUGAAAAUGCCAAGCAAUGCCAAACAUGUCACGAAACCUGAGGCUCACCAACUUCAAAAAUCCAGCGACUACAUCUUAACACAUCAAGAGGUUGAUCAAGAAGGAAAUAUCAGUACAAGCGUUGUGAAGAAUAAUCUUCGUAUUCACAUGGAAGCACUAAAAUCUCCGGAACCACCUUCACUUGACAAUACGAACGCGGAAACGGUGAAUGCAUUCCAACCGCUGGAGGAGGAACUGCUGUAUUGUUUAACGAUGUUGAACAGGUCUCACACAAAAGCCCCGGUCGUACUCUUCGCACCCCACGUCGUGGGAACACUUGAAUCUUUGGUUAAUCAAAUAGUCCGUCAUACAUUAAUAACAACACCUUACUCUGUUGUAUUUGAUCCAAGAGUGUAUCUUAUCAGCUGUAUGUCCUGGCCUGGUCCAAGUGAUCCCAGUGACUGUCAAUUACACAAUGGCACAACAAGAAACUUUGGUUUGACAGUACCAAAUGGACAUCCCAAGAAGAAUAAGACUGCGGAACGAUUAAAGAUUUUUCGACAAUGGCUAGCUGACACGGACGAGGAUGAAAGAAAAUUGUUAAUUAGGGAAUUAUUGAACGAUUGCGAUUUACCCAACUUGGAAUAUAUUAGCAUGUUAAUAUCGCGACUACGUGUUGCAAGAUCUCGUCCGACAACGAAUGGAAGUAAAGAUCCAUUAACACUUCUCCCAUCACAUAUUGUACUACGUAUUAUGGCCUAUCUAGAUCCAGGUUCUUUUUUUAUCAACCUCAUCAGAUUCUUCAUUUCUUUUUUUCUCUCUGCCGAAGUUCUCGUGUAUCCCGUUACUGGCGCCUUGUUUGUUCUGAACCAAUGCUAUGGCGGACACUCUGUCAACUACCGCGUGAAUUUCGACUCUGUUCUGCGGAAGCAGAAUCAUCUCAAUUACGAAGCCAUACAUCUGAAUGUGGUACAGUUCGAUGGAAAGAAGCGUUUUCCGAAAGAUACAGGCUUUGGAGAAAUUGGCAUGCAGGGCGGCAUCACAUGUGUUCAAUUUGAUGAUGAUCGAAUCGUUAGUGGUUCGUCUGACACCACUAUACGCAUCUGGGACUUGAGAGGAUCAAGCGAUGUUGGAAACCUUGGAACAAUGGCACUGAAUGGUCAUUCGGCUACUGUUCGCUGUUUGGACUUGAAUGGAAACGUCUUGGUGUCUGGUUCCAAUGAUUUUUCGAUUAAAGUAUGGAAUGUUGAUGUCAACCCGAGAUGGUCUUCUAUUGGAUGUCGUAUGACGAUGCUCGGCCAUUCGAAUUAUGUUCGGUGCCUGCAGAUGGAUCAUGAGCAUUUAAUUAGUGGAUCGUAUGAUAUGCAUUUAAAGCUAUGGUCACUGAAUACUGGAGCGUGUGUGCGAACACUUGUUGGACACAACGAUUCGGUAUUAUGCGUGCAGUACCGCGAUCGAGACUCAUUGGCUGUGUCUGGAUCUGCAGACAAUUCCAUCAAAUGUUGGGACACAAGGACGGGCAGGCCGGAAAUGACAAUACAUAAUGCACAUGAUAACGCGGUCACGUGUGUUCGUUUCGAUGAUCAUCGCAUCGUUUCUGGUAGUGUCGACAGGAUGAUAAAAAUGUGGGAUGUACGAACAGGGAAGUGCAUGCAUACUAUCGAUUGGAAAUUGGCUGAGGGUCACACUGGGGUAGUCCGCUGCCUUCAAGUGGACACAUGGAGGAUUGUAAGCGCAGCAGAUGACAGAACAAUCAAGAGUGUAUUUUUUACUGCUGAUUCCCUCCCCUAUGAAGUAGCUGAUAUACCGCGUGAUCAUAGUGUUUCUGUUUCAUAUCCAGGGCAAGUGACGACGCAGCAAAGAGGAGAGGCAGUUACUCGAACUCGACGCGAAGAAACUGGGGAUGCUGAGAGAUUGGCGCAGAGUGACGAUGAAAAUCCACAGAGCGGUGAAGAAUCUGACGGAACGCCAUCGGAAUCAGAUCAGAAGUACGAAAUGCCAUGUAAAUUGGCGAUGUAUGAUUUCAAUCAGUGUGAUCCGAAGCGAUGCUCUGGAAGGAAGUUGUUACGAGCUGGACUGAUCAACGAAGUGAGUACAGAAUUCGCUUGUAAGACAACGUUAGCCCCAUCUGAUCGUGAUUUCAUAGAUAAUUACGGAUUGGGAGUCGUUGACUGCUCAUGGAAAGAAGUUGAACGAACACCACUACAUAAGGUCAAGGCUCCUGAGCAUCGACUUCUACCUUACUUGGUUGCGGCUAAUUCGGUGAACUAUGGACGCCCGCCUUAUUGCGCGAGGCCUGGGCUGCAGAUAAUGGAUUGGGAGGGCCAAUUUGAAGCUGGUUUCGAGUACGAAAUACAAACAGAAGGUAUGCGUCAGGGAGCUGAGGCUCGAGUCUAUAUCUGCACUUAUCUCGCCGCGUCAAUACAUGAAGACGGGGUUUUCUUUGUUAAGAAGUACCGCCACCCAGAGCUUGAUCGGAGAUUAAACAAAAUCAGAAUGCGAAAUGAGCUCAAGGGACUCGUAAAAGCGCAGGAGCUUGGAAUAGGAGCACCUGCUGUGUUUUUCAUCGACAAUGACAACAACAGAAUAAUUAUGGAGCGGAUAGAGGGUUGUACGGCAAAUUCGUGGAUCGAAUCUAGGCGACAGGAAGAGAAUGGGUCGGAUCAGUUUGUAGCCGAAACACUGGAACUCGGAAAGACUAUUGGUGAAGCCGUCGGCAAAAUGCACUUAAGUAAUCUAAUACACGGUGAUCUCACGACAUCCAACGUUAUUUUAAAGGAUGGCGACUUCAAGCGACCGUAUUUCAUUGAUUUUGGAUUAUGUGCUCUUGGAAAGGUUUCACCUGAGGAUAAAGGUGUUGACUUAUAUGUAUUGGAGAGAGCUAUGAUCAGCACUCACGUUGAUUCGGAGGAGAUGUUCAAGAGUGUUUUGGAAGGCUACAAAAGCAUGAAUAAGAAACGCGAUGGAGCUCAAACCAAACGUGGCAGUCCACCCUCUGGACUUAUUAGUGGUAGAAUGUAUCUCACUAAGGUUGCAGAGCUGUCAGAAGAGUUCAAUGUCGACGCUUAUCAUCUCAGUGAUAUUCUUCAAAUGAUUCGCCCACAGCCUCUCUAUUCACUUUAA